CCAGGUGCCCAGAUGACUAUUAUGAGCCAAGCUUGUGCAGAAAGGUGUAAUAUAAUGAGACUGGUGGAUCGUCGGUGGGCAGGGAUUGCCAAAGGAGUGGGCACCCAGAAGAUUAUUGGAAGGGUACAUCUAGCUCAGGUUCAGAUUGAAGGAGAUUUUUUGCCAUGUUCCUUCUCUAUACUUGAGGAACAGCCCAUGGACAUGCUUCUGGGACUGGACAUGCUUAAACGGCAUCAGUGUUCCAUUGACCUGAAGAAAAAUGUACUCGUGAUCGGCACCACAGGCUCCCAGACCACCUUUCUUCCUGAGGGAGAGCUACCAGAAUGCGCCCGGUUGGCAUAUGGGGCCGGAAGAGAGGAUGUACGGCCAGAGGAGAUUGCAGACCAAGAAUUAGCAGAAGCCCUUCAAAAAUCAGCAGAGGAUGCAGAGCGUCAGAAGCCAUGAUGCAUGUAGUGUGUGUGUACUGCAGCUGGAGUGGGCCCCAGACCAGAGAAAAGCGGUAAAGAAUCUACCUCACUGGGAAUGUCAUCAUUACCAACUUCAGAUGGGUUUAACCAUCCAGCCCAUUCUUUAGGACAGAGUCCUGAUACUGGUAAUCCUAUGAGUCUUGCUCGCUCUGUCUCUGCUUCAGUCUGCCCUAUCAAGCCCAGUGACCCAGAUAGCAUUGAACCUAAAGCUGUGAAGGCUUUGAAGGCUUCAGCUGAAUUCCAGAUAAACUCUAAAAAGAAAGAACAUCUUUCUUUACAAGAUCUUUCCGAUCAUGCUUCCUCAGCAGACCAUGCUCCAACAGACCAGAGUCCAGCUAUACCUAUGCAGAAUUCAUCCGAAGAAACAACUGUUGCAGGUAAUCUGGAGAAAUCUGCUGAAAGAAGCACCCAGGGCCUCAAAUUUCAUCUCCAUACAAGAC